AUGGCAGCGCAGAGACUCGGCGCCUCGGGCAGCCUUGUUGUUGCAGAAGCUCUCGAGCCCGGCCGUCGCUGUUCCUUGACGCCUCCCAGGUCAUCUGGGUCCUCGCUGUUCUGCUUGGCGGCGUUCCGCUUGGGUCGCUGGACCGAUCUUCCAGGGAGAUCCGGCCCAUCUCCGGAUCGGAGCUCCCCUCUCUUUACGGAGUAUCUCUGCCGUGGUUUUGCUAGCGCCAGUUCGCUAACAUGCUUGUCAAAAGCCGCAGCUUUGCAAGCUCUGAAGCCUUACCGCUGGUUCGAUCAGACGAGAGUGUCCGGUGAACGCAGAUCCCUGGAUGCUCGAUCCAGCCGGACGGUCGGUACCGAGGUGGUCCCUGAUGCUACCGAUCCAGCAGACGCAUCGGCACCGAAGCCCUUUCCCAGGCGACAGCCGCGGCGUGGGCGGCGAGGCUGGGGCUCGGUGGUGGCGGCAGGAUGCGAUGGGCUGCCAGGCAGGCCGGCCAGGCCCCUUGAUGGGGAGGCAGCCGCAGGGCCUGCAGCCCGGCUGGGCCAUGUCUGCCCCGCCCCGCCCCCACCCCCACCCCACUUGGCCCUCAUCCCACUGCUGCUGUUGCUACUGCUGUCCCCACCGCCCCCCGCUCAUGCCUCCAACCCCCUCACUCCCCCGCCACUCCCCAACUGCGCUGCCCACACCAAGGCUGCUGCUGCCGGACACGGCAGCAACUGCUCAGAAUUAAAUGUAAAAGAAUUAGAUGCAAGAGUAUUAUCAUGUAAAUAUGGGGGUGUUUGUAAGGAAGAAGGAGAGAAUUUGAAAUGUGCAUGCCAAUUUUAGUGUCACACAAAUUAUAUUUUUGUUUGUGGCUCAAACAGAGACACUUACCAAAAUGAAUGCUUCCUCAGGGCUGCUUGCAAGCAUCAGAAAGAGAUAAUAGCUGUCAUGAGGGGACCUUGUUACUCUGAUAAUGGCUGUGGAUCAGGAGAAGGAGAGUAUGAAGAAUCUGGAACAGAAGUUCUCAGAAAACAUUCCAAGUGUGGAGUUUGUGGAUCUGAUGGAAGUUCCUAUAACAACCCCUGCUUUGUUCAAGAAGCAUCUUGUAUGAGACAGGAACAGAUUGAUAUCAGACUAAUUGGCCAUUGCUCAGAAUCCAAUGACACAGGCUCAUUGGAGAAGAAGGAUGAAGGCAUUCAGUAUCUGCCAGAUGUGAAAGAUGCAAGUGAUCAAAGAGAAGACAUCUAUAUCGGAAACCACAUUCCUUGCUCUGAAAGCUUCAAUGGCUAUUGCAUCCAUGGGAAAUGUGAAUUCAUUUAUUUUACCCAGAAAGCUUUCUGCCGGUGUGAAUCUGGAUACACAGGACCACAUUGUGACAAGGCGGACUUUAGCAUACUUUAUGUUGUCCCUAGUUGGCAAAAGCUGACACAUGUCCUCACUGCAGCAAUCAUUGGAGCUGUCCAAAUUGCCAACAUUGUUGCCGUCCAAAUUGCCAUCAUUGUUGCCAUUGUAAUGUGCAUAACCCGGAAAUGCCCCCAAAACAACAGAGGAUGAUGUCAGAAGCAAAAUUUAGGCCACUUUACUUCAGACACGACAUCCAGAAUGGUUUAG